CAUUCAAAACUAUGGUGCUGUUUGCCUUUGUGAAUUCUGAAUUCCUGUUGUGAGGGGGGCUGUCGAUUUUAUCCAGGGAACCCAUUCUUCUGGAGUGCCUCCCUGUUAACAUACAGCUCAUGAACCAUGCUCACACGUGCUUCUGAACCAUGGUCAUCACGGCUUUCUGAGCGGCUGCCUGUUUCAGCAUUGUGGUUAUUAACCGGGAGCUUCAAUCUUGUGCAGAGGCUGGUUUAUUGAGCGGCCCAAGUCCAGAGGGCAGACAUCCGCUGCCUUUCACUCUGCAGAGUGCUGGCGAAAUCCGCAGGACGACUGCCUAUUUUGCAGUGACAAAGGUUGGAUGUCUAAGCUUCAUCGUUUCGAGUGAUCUUCUUCCUCGGCUUCCCCUCAGUAUCCAUUCUCAGGAUGGAUCAUGAUGGACUAGUGGACCGGGGAAUGGGAACUGCCAGAAGGAGGUAUGAAGAAGAUGAGGAUCACCACUCCAUUUACAUUGGUGUCCCAGUUCCGCGGGGCUAUCGGAGAAAGCGGAGGAGAAGGAGGUCAACAUCAAGUCGUGAUAUCAGUGAAGUGGACCAGGACAGACACUAUGAGAGAGAAAGGCACAAUCGCUCUGAUACGGAUGAAGGUGGUCUGGAGAACCCCCAGGAGCUUUCCACUGCAGAUAUUGCUUACUGUACCAUGUCCCCAGCGGCAGAGAGGCUGCGCUACAUCCUUGGGGAAGAGGAUGACUUGCCAACUCCCACCUUGUUUACUGAGAUGGACACCCUGCAGCAUGAUGGUGAUGAACUGGAGUGGAAAGAAUCUGCCAGGUGGGUGAAGUUUGAAGAGAAAGUGGAAGAAGGAGGAGAGCGCUGGAGUAAACCUCAUGUGUCCACGCUAUCACUACAUAGCCUUUUUGAGCUCCGCACAUGCCUCCAGACUGGCACAGUGCUUCUGGAUCUUGAUGGAUAUUCUCUUCCUCAGAUUAUAGAUGAUAUCAUUGAGAGACAAAUUCAGGAUGGAAUGGUUAAGGAAGAGCUGAGGGAAAAGAUCAGCUUUGUACUUCUGCGGAAACAUCGUCACCAGACCAAGAAACCCAUUCAUCGCUCCCUGGCUGAUAUUGGCAAGGCGGUGUCGUCCACCUCCAGCCGCAGUCCUAGUAGGAGUCCUAGUACUAUGGCUGCCUUUCAUCGUUCCACUGAGGAUCUGCGAAUGAGAUAUAAUGCAAACUAUGGACGCCUGCGUGGCACGCAUAGCCGAAGUAUGAAUGAUAUCUCAGAUGCCCCCAGUACAGACCAGUUGAAGAACAAAUUCAUUAAGAAGAUUCCUCGGGAUGCUGAAGCUUCCAAUGUUCUGAUUGGGGAGGUUGAUUUCCUUGACAAGCCCUUCGUUGCUUUUGUAAGACUGGCACAGUCAACAACCUUGGGGGGACUUACAGAAGUUCCUGUUCCUACCAGAUUCCUCUUUGUUCUGUUGGGACCCCAAGGAAAAGCCAAGUCUUAUAAUGAAAUUGGAAGAGCUAUUGCAACCCUCAUGGUGGAUGAUUUGUUCAGUGAUGUUGCCUAUAAAGCUCGAGACAGAGACGAUCUAAUUGCUGGGAUUGAUGAGUUCUUAGAUGAGGUCAUUGUGCUUCCCCCAGGAGAGUGGGAUCCCACCAUCCGCAUAGAGCCUCCUAAGAAGGUUCCUUCAGCAGAAAAGAGGAAGUCUGUCUUCUCCCUUAAUGAACCUGGGCAGAUGAAUGGCUCAGCUGGAGGAGGAGGUGUGGGCAGUGAAGAUGAGGAAAUGCCUGCCCCCCAUGAGCUGGGAGAAGAACUCAUCUGGACUGGCAAGUUCUGUGGGGGGCUCUAUCUCGAUAUGAAGAGGAAGCUGCCUUGGAUUCUUAGUGAUUUCUAUGAAGCCUUCCAUAUUCAGUCCAUCUCUGCCAUUCUUUUCAUCUACCUGGGCUGCAUCACUAAUGCCAUCACAUUCGGAGGACUACUGGGAGAUGCCACAGAUAAUUACCAGGGGGUAAUGGAAAGCUUUCUGGGGACGGCAAUGGCUGGAUCCAUUUUUUGCCUUUUUGCUGGCCAGCCCCUCAUCAUUCUGAGCAGCACUGGACCCAUACUCAUCUUUGAGAAGCUUUUGUUUGACUUCAGCAAGGGAAAUGGAAUUGACUACAUGGAGUUUCGGCUAUGGAUUGGCCUGCAUUCUUGCUUGCAAUGUCUUAUACUGGUGGCAACAGAUGCCAGCUUCAUCAUCAAAUACAUCACCCGCUUCACAGAGGAAGGCUUCUCCACACUCAUCUCCUUCAUUUUCAUUUAUGACUCCAUCAAGAAGAUGAUCGGGGCCUUUAUUUAUUACCCCAUUAACUCUGACUUCAAACCCGACUACAUCACAGUGUACAAGUGUGAAUGUCUGGCCCCUGACCCAGUGGAUACUGUGGCAAUCUUCAACGCUUCAGUGCCUCUGGCUCCAAACAGCACUAACAGCUCUAUGUAUGCUCCUGUCAAUGUCACAGCUCUAGAUUGGAGCCAACUCAGCAAGAAGGAGUGCCUGAAAUAUGGUGGCAGCCUCGUGGGCAAGUCCUGCAAAUACGUUCCUGACUUGGCACUUAUGUCUUUCAUCCUCUUCUUUGGGACAUACACCAUGACCAUCACCCUCAAGAAGUUUAAGUUCAGUCGCUACUUCCCAACCAAGUUCCGCUCCCUGGUCAGUGACUUUGCCAUUAUCCUUUCCAUCCUGUUGUUCUGUGGCCUGGAUGCAAUCGUGGAUCUGGAAACUCCCAAACUGCAUGUCCCUACACAGAUCAAGCCAACUCGUUCUGACCGAGGAUGGUUUGUCCCACUUUUUGGGAAAAAUCCAUGGUGGGUGUACCUGGCCAGUAUCCUUCCAGCUAUGCUUGUGACCAUCCUCAUUUUCAUGGACCAACAGAUCACCGCGGUUAUUGUCAACCGGAAGGAAAACAAACUGAAGAAAGGAGCAGGCUAUCACCUGGAUCUCUUCUGGGUGGGCAUUCUAAUGGCAGUGUGCUCCUUCAUGUGCUUGCCCUGGUAUGUGGCUGCCACGGUCAUUUCUAUUGCACACAUUGACAGCUUAAAGAUGGAGACCGAAUCCAGCGCACCUGGAGAGCAGCCCCAGUUCUUGGGGGUUAGAGAGCAGAGACUGACAGGGAUAAUGGUUUUUAUUCUCACGGGUAUCUCUGUUUUUCUGGCUCCCAUUCUUAAGUUCAUACCAAUGGCGGUGCUUUAUGGAGUUUUUCUCUACAUGGGUGUGGCCUCACUCAAAGGAAUUCAGUUCUGGGACCGAUGCAAACUCUUUUUCAUGCCUGCAAAACACCAGCCAGACUACAUCUACCUACGCCAUGUUCCUCUGCGCCGAGUGCAUCUUUUUACUGUGGUGCAGAUUGUGUGUCUCACCGUACUGUGGGUUCUUAAAUCCACUGUGGCAGCCAUUAUAUUUCCAGUUAUGAUUUUAGCCCUCAUACUUGUACGAAAGAUGUUAGACUGGGUAUUCUCGCAGCAUGAUCUAGCCUGGCUGGAUGACAUUCUCCCAGAGAAAGAGAAAAAGAAGAAAGAAGAUGACAAAAAGAAGAAAAAGAAAUCUAGAUCAGGUGGCGGGAGAGAGGACAGUGACGAUGAGGGCAAGACACAGAUGCAUCCUAACUUCUCCCCAAGCAGUUCAGAUCUGGACCGCAGCAUAACCCUUCACCUCAAGAUUUCCUGCCCAUCAUCGCCUGCAGUCAACUUCUCUAGGAACUCCAUGUGCACCGUGCCACAAGUGAAGAUCGAAAUGGAAUCGGAUUACAAUGACAGCGAUACUGACAGACACCCUCGAGACAUGGGCAGCGAGACCACCUUAUAGCUGGAGAAGUUUAGUCAAACUCUACUACACCCACUAACCCUCUAGAAGUAAUGAUUAACUGAUAAAAAAGAAACUGUGUUCUCUUUAAAAGGAAAUUGGAUCAGAAUGGCAGUGGGGCAAGCACCUCUAAAGAGACGGAAAAGAUGCUUUCAUGGAUUUCCGGUGCUGUAUGUCCUGGUAUGAGAGGAAGCAAGACAUGGACUAAACAUGCACCAAACUGGUUUUGAUGAACUCUUUCAUUAUCUAGAAACCCAUUUGUGGGUAAACGUCAGUUUAACCUAAAGAACAGUUCAUUUGUUUCCACUGUUUUUAUACUACUUCACAGUUUUCCUUUAUACACUUUGCUGAUAUAUUGAUAAAAUGCUUUAGCAUUCAACAAUUUUGCAGUGGGUAUAAUAAGUCAAACAUUGUCCCCCUCACCACUUUAAGCUUCCUGUUUGGCUCAACCCCUUUUCCACUUUUCCUUAUGUCAGAUAGGCACAGAGUGAGGGAUACAUAUUAGGACUCACUGUGUGCCUUACUUUGAUAUGUUAAACAAGGUCCUCUGUGGAGGGAGAGUAGGUUGUCAUAAUGUUUAACAAAAUGAAGAACUGGAGUGACAAAAAAGAAUUUACUUCAUGUUUCUUAAACUAUGGUUUGGUUAUGCACGGCCAGGGUGGCUGCAGUUUUUUGUUUCAACCCAAUUUCUUAUUUAGAAACCAAUUACGGCUCCAACAACAUUUUUCUGCUUCAUUUUAGUGAUUAACAACCCUUAGUUGCCUCUUUUAGUAUUUAACAGAUGCAUUCUCUUUUUAGUUGUUUCUAAACCAGCAGUGAAUUAACAAGGAGACACAAAUGACAGGGCAGCCAGCAUCAUCUCGUUUACACCUGUCUAUGUUCGUCAGGAAGUAUGUGUGAUAAAAGCAUAUUUGAAAAGAAAUGGAAGUGAAAAAGUGAAGGACUGAGAAGUAGUAACCCACUCUUUCCCACAAAUCAUUUAAACCGAUGCCACAUUACGUGACUUCUAGUAGUUGGGUAUGUCAGAUCUGCCAACUACUAUUCCUGAUCUUGUCACUGGACCGUGUUAAUUACACAAGUGAUAGCCUGGCACAUUUAGCAAUUGUGUGACAACUUUCCAGCACAGUCGUGCUUGCCCCUUUUUCAGACAGCCAAUACCAUGCAUU